AUGCCGGCCAUGCGGGGACUCCUGGCGCCGCAGAACACCUUUCUGGACACCAUCGCCACGCGCUUCGACGGCACGCACAGUAACUUUGUGCUGGGCAAUGCCCAGGUGGCGGGGCUCUUCCCUGUGGUCUACUGCUCCGAUGGCUUCUGUGACCUCACGGGUUUCUCCCGGGCUGAAGUCAUGCAGCGGGGCUGUGCCUGCUCCUUCCUCUAUGGGCCAGACACCAGUGAGCUCGUCCGCCAGCAAAUCCGCAAGGCCCUGGAUGAGCACAAGGAGUUCAAGGCGGAGCUGAUCCUUUACCGGAAGAGUGGGCUCCCAUUUUGGUGUCUGCUGGAUGUGAUACCCAUCAAGAAUGAGAAAGGGGAGGUGGCCCUCUUCCUGGUCUCUCACAAGGACAUCACUGAGACCAAGAACCGAGGGGGCCCUGACAAAUGGAAGGAGACAGGUGGUGGCCGGCGCCGAUAUGGCCGGGGAGGGACCAAAGGUUUCAAUGCCAACCGGCGGCGGAGCCGGGCUGUGCUGUACCACUUGUCCGGGCACCUGCAGAAGCAACCCAAGGGCAAGCACAAGCUCAAUAAGAGGGUGUUUGGGGAGAAGCCAAAUUUGCCUGAGUACAAAGUAGCUGCCAUUCGAAAGUCGCCAUUCAUCCUGCUGCACUGUGGGGCCCUGAGGGCCACCUGGGAUGGCUUCAUCCUGCUCGCCACCCUCUAUGUGGCCGUCACCGUGCCCUACAGCGUGUGUGUGAGCACAGCCUGGGAGCCCAGCGCCGCCCGCAGCCCCCCCAGUGUCUGCGACCUGGCAGUGGAGGUCCUCUUCAUUCUCGACAUCGUGCUGAAUUUCCGGACCACAUUUGUGUCCAAGUCGGGCCAGGUGGUGUUUGCCCCCAAGUCCAUUUGCCUCCACUACGUUACCACCUGGUUCCUGCUGGAUGUCAUCGCAGCCCUGCCCUUUGACCUGCUGCACGCCUUCAAAGUCAACGUGUACUUUGGAGCCCACUUGCUGAAGACUGUGCGGCUGCUGCGGCUGCUGCGCCUGCUCCCGCGGCUGGAUCGCUACUCGCAGUACAGCGCUGUGGUGCUGACCCUGCUCAUGGCUGUGUUCGCCCUGCUUGCUCACUGGGUGGCCUGCGUCUGGUUCUACAUCGGCCAGCAGGAGAUUGAUAGCAGCGAAUCUGAGCUGCCUGAGAUCGGCUGGCUGCAGGAGCUGGCCCGCCGGCUGGAGACCCCCUACUACCUGGUGGGCAGGAGCCAAGCUGCAGGGAACACCUCUGGCCAGAGUGACAACUGUAGCAGCGAGGCCAACAGGACGGGUCUGGAGCUUCUGGGUGGCCCGUCACUGCGCAGUGCCUAUAUCACCUCCCUCUACUUCGCACUCAGCAGCCUCACCAGCGUGGGCUUUGGCAACGUGUCGGCCAACACGGACACGGAGAAGAUCUUCUCCAUCUGCACCAUGCUCAUCGGUGCCCUGAUGCACGCGGUGGUGUUUGGGAACGUGACGGCCAUCAUCCAGCGCAUGUACGCCCGCCGCUUUCUGUACCACAGCCGCACACGUGACCUGCGCGACUACAUCCGCAUUCAUCGCAUCCCCAAGCCCCUCAAGCAGCGCAUGCUCGAGUACUUCCAGGCGACCUGGGCUGUGAACAACGGUAUCGACACCACAGAGCUGCUGCAGAGCCUCCCUGAUGAGCUCCGCGCAGACAUCGCCAUGCACCUGCACAAGGAGGUCCUGCAGCUGCCCCUGUUCGAGGCGGCCAGUCGAGGCUGCCUGCGGUCACUGUCCCUGGCCCUACGGCCCGCCUUCUGCACGCCGGGCGAGUACCUCAUCCACCAAGGUGACGCCCUCCAGGCCCUCUACUUCGUCUGCUCCGGCUCCAUGGAGGUGCUCAAGGGUGGCACCGUGCUUGCCAUCCUAGGGAAGGGUGACCUGAUUGGCUGUGAACUGCCCCGGCGUGAACAGGUGGUCAAGGCCAAUGCCGACGUGAAAGGUCUGACAUACUGUGUCCUGCAGUGUCUGCAGCUGGCUGGGCUGCACGAAAGCCUGGCACUGUACCCCGAGUUUGCGCCGCGCUUUAGCCGGGGCCUCCGAGGGGAGCUCAGCUAUAACCUGGGUGCUGGUGGAGGCCCUGUGGAGGCAGACACCAGCUCCCUGAGUGGUGACAACACCCUCAUGUCCACGCUGGAGGAGAAGGAGACAGAUGGAGAGCAGGGCCCGGCUGCCUCGCCAGCCCCUGCUGAUGAGCCCUCCAGCCCCCUGCUGUCCCCAGGCUGCACCUCCUCAUCCUCAGCUGCCAAGCUGCUAUCCCCUCGUCGAACUGCACCCCGGUCCCGUCUGGGUGGCAAAGGGCGGCCAGGGAGAGCAGGAGCUUUGCAGUCUGUGGCCGGCCCCUCUGCCCGCCCUCGGAGCUUAGAGGGGCUGCGGCUGCCCCCUGUGCCAUGGAAUGUGCCCCCGGAUCUGAGCCCCAGGGUAGUAGAUGGCAUUGAGGAUGGCUGUGGCUCCGACCAACCCAAAUUCUCUUUUCGCACCGGACAGUCUGUCCCAGAAUGUAGCAGCAGCCCCUCCCCUGGACCAGAGAACAGCCUGCUCACUGUGCCCCUUGGACCCGGUGAGGCAAGCAACACAGACGUGCUGGACAAGCUUCGGCAGGCGGUGAUGGAGCUGUCUGAGCAGGUGCUGCAGAUGCGGGAGGGCCUUCAGUCCCUGCGCCAGGCCGUGCAGCUCAUCCUGACACCCCAUGUGGAGGGCCCAUGUCCCCAGACAUCGGGAGAGGGGCUGCGCCCAGCCAGCACCUCUGGACUCCUGCAGCCUCUGUGUGUGGACACUGGGGCAUCUUCCUACUGUCUGCAGCCCCCAGCCGGUUCUGUCUUGAGUGGGACCUGGCCCCACCCUCGUCCAGGGCCCCCUCCCCGUGUGGCACCUUGGCCCUGGGGUCCCCCAGCAUCUCAGAGCUCCCCCUGGCCUCGAGCAACAGCUUUUUGGACCUCCACCUCCGACUCAGAGCCACCAGGCUCAGAACUCUGUCCUGAGCCCAGCACCCCUGGCUCGCCGCCUCCUGAGCAAGGAGGGGCUGGAACUGGGCCCCUGGAGCCUGUGAACCAAGCUGAGACAGCCAGCACUGGAGAGCCCCCACCAGGGCCAGGGGGCCUGGCCUUGCCCUGGGAACCCCAUAGCCUGGAGAUGGUGCUUAUUGGCUGCCAUGGCUCUGGCACGGUCCAUUGGACCCAGGAAGAAGGCACGGGAGUCUGACUGCCAGCACUAGAACUCAUGUGUUGCCAGACAUGCCGCCAUCUGCUGCUCUGCCCAACCUUGGGGCACAGGACGGGUGGUAGCGACCCCCAGGGACUCCAGGCUGCCUCCUGGCUCAGGGCAGGGAGGCGGAAAGCCAAGGAAGGGCUCGCCCUGGCUCUCAUGGAGGGUGGGCUGGAGCCUCAGGGGCUGGCCCCGGGCUAGUAAUCCUGUGGUCCCUAUUUGUGGGUCCCCUCCUCAACCUGCUUCUCUGAUCUUGUGUCCUUCUGCAGGGUGGGGACAGAGGCCUGAGGCCAAGGAGGGGCUCUGCCAUCCCCUGCAUGUGCCCCUGCCUCACCUGUCCCCGCAUUUUUUAUAUUAAAAAGUAAUAAUAAAAGAAGCUAAUUUGGA